ACGUAAGCGGAAAGUGACCAUUGUAGUUCGGUAAGACAUCGACGAAAAUGUCGCUAAUUUAGCAGAGGGGGUGAGGAGAAAUGGAGACAAGCAUGUCCAUCGCCGGCGUUGCUAGGAAGAUCGCCGUCGUCGGCAGUGGAAGUGCCGGAAUUUGAUUUUGGUUGAUCGCUGGAGCAGUAUCAGGGGCGGUGUGUGCAUCCACGCUCGCCAGGAAUGGCAUCUCCGUCACCGUCUUCGAGUCCGGCCGAGGCCCCGGCGGCCGGAUGUCUCAAAGAAGAGAGACAAUGGAAGACGGAAAGGAGCUCUUGUUCGAUCAUGGCGCUCCAUGCUUCACCUUAAGCAAUGCCACUGAUGUAAUGAGUCUAGUCCGCGAAUGGGAAUCCAGGGGUCUUGUUGCUGAGUGGAAAGUGAAAUUUGGAUCAUUCGACUGCCUCACAAAUAACUUUGUCGAUGCAGAGCAGGAAGCAUUGAAGAAAAGAUAUGUGGGUGUCCCUGGAAUGAAUUCUAUAUGUAGGUCACUCUGCAGUGAGCCAGGUGUGGAGUGCAAGUUCGGGGUUGGUGUUGGGAAGAUUGAGUGGUUGGAGAAAGAAAACCUAUGGAGAGUAAUGGGCUUAGACGGAACAAAUCACGGGCAGUUCGGGGGAGUGUUGGCAUCGGACAAGAAUGUAGUUUCUUCGAGGUUUACGAAUGUAACAGGAAGACCUCCACCUUUAGAUUUAAGUCCGAUGCCAAGUUUGUCAGUGAAGGUUCGAGAUAUUCCUGUUAGUCCAUGCUUCGCCCUCAUGCUAGCAUUUGCAGAGCCCUUGUCCUCAGUACCAGUGAAGGGUUUCACAUUCAGGAACUCCAAAGUUCUAAGCUGGGCUCACUGCGACAGCUCCAAACCAGGGCGAUCCACAUCUAGUGAAAGAUGGGUGUUGCACUCGACUCGGGAGUAUGCAGAGAGAAUUAUAGCCGAGACUGGACUAACAAAGCCCUCGCAGACAACGCUGACAAGAGUUGCAGAAGAACUCUUCCGAGAACUACAAAGCACGAGACUGGAUAUUCCCCAGCCUUUCUUCAUGAAAGCUCAUAGAUGGCCUAUUCAUAGGGGCAGUGCUUUUCCAUUGACUAGCGUAGCUGGAGAAGAGAAGUGUCUUUGGGAUGGGACGAAGAAACUGGCCAUCUGUGGAGAUUUUUGUGUCAGUCCCAACGUCGAAGGAGCUAUAAUCAGCGGCUUGGCUGCAGCGUCAAGGUUCACUGAGACACUUAGCUGCCUAUAGUGAUCUUGUCGGCUGACGGCUCAAAAGCGGUUUGGUCCCACCAUCAGUAGACGGUUCUUAACUAAAACAGUUCAAAGAGGUGAAUUGAGACAGUACUUUUUGCUCAAUCGCCGAUCUCUUUACAAAGUUGAAAUAAGAAAAAAGUACCUUGUUCACAGCAAAAUCUGUCUGUUGCAAUUACUGAUCGAUUUUAUUGUAAUAGUUGAUAAGCUGCAGCAACGGAUAAUUAACUUAACAUUAUGUGUAGAAUAAGAUUGGAGAAGUGACCAUGAGUUUACUGCGAA